GAACUUUGUCAUGUGAUGAGCAGUAGGCAGAUACUACAAACAUAUUAGAACUUGCGAAAAAUAAAAAGGAAGACUGUUGUGCAAUGUCGGGAGGGGAUGCAGAAGGGGUAAUGGGGACGGGCGGACAGGUGGACGACCUGACAAUGGCGUUGAUUGACAGUGCAUUUGAUAAGAAUGAGGAAUGUCAGGAUGUGAUCUCCCAAUCACUGUUCGCUCUAGGAAGGAAGAUACCAGAACUGGUUCUCAGCUCAUGCUACUCCUACCUGAAACAGCACGGAAAGCUAGCCCAGGGUCACCGUGUGGUGAUUCUCCAGGUGAUUGAGAAAGUUGUGCAUGAGGAACUCGAGGUUAUUGACAAGGAGCUUGCUAUUGGUCUAAUCAAACAGGCCUCCAAGGAGCUCACACAGGAAAAUGAUGUGGUUCCAGACUGGCAGACGGCAGCUAGUGGUGUGCUAGUAGCAUUGGGAAAGCGGUACUGUAAUGAGGUUAUGGAAGAAAUGCUGCAGAAAUUCCAGCCAGGAGCUCUCCCACACUUUUUUGUUGUCCAGACCAUUGCAAAUCUGGCAUCAGCAAACGUAUAUGGAAUGGUUCCCCACCUGACGGCUGUGCUUGGCACCAUGCUGCCGAUGUUGGGGAUGGCAAAACAGGACAACAUGAGAUGGGUCUUCUCCUCAGCUAUCUCCAAGUUUAGUGAGGCCAUUAUUGACUACAUCGCGAACAUUGACAAAGCCCCGGACCCAAGUGUGAAGAAAGAGAUGUUCUCGUCAGAAAUCUUCUCUGCGUAUGACGUCAUCUUUAAUGUCUGGAUUCAAUCUAAGGAAACGAAGUUGCGGCUGGCCAUAGUGGAGGCUCUUGGUCACAUGUGUCAUCUGAUGGCGCGUGAUAAACUGGAGGAACAGUUGCCACGGAUACUCGCAGGAAUUCUAGGACUUUACAAAAAACACCAAGAACCCUUCCAUAUCACUCAGGGUCUGUGCAGUGUCCUGGACGCGGUGUGUGAGGGAGGGAGCACGAUACUGGAACCACAUCUCGAACAUGUCCUUAACGAUCUCUUUCGUCAGGUGUUUUCCCCAGUUGACUAUAACAACCCUCUCAGUAUGAAGAAUCACAAUGAGGUUCUCAGAUGCUUCGCUGUGAUAGCUGGCUCGUUCUCUGGAAAGUUGACAGGGAUCUUGCUACAGAAGUUGGAACAGAACAACGAGAAAAUCAAGAUUGGCAUUCUCACCAUCUUCAAGCAUCUUAUCAAUGCAGCAGCACCGGCGAUGGAAGACAAGAAGGAGGUUGUGUUGUCAGGGCUGAAGGGUGUUGCCCAGGAACCUAGCAACAAGGUGAAGAAGACGUUUGCUCAAGUUGUCAUAGCGAUGGGUCAUCACGGUUAUAUGGACCUGGAAGGGGGGACAACUAUGAUAGAGUUUAUAGCAACCCAGUGCUCCUUGCCUGACGAUCCUCCAGGGGCAAAGCGUUCCCCCGACCCGGACUUUGUGACGAACCAGCAGCUACGCUACAUGUGUGACAAUGUGCUGCAGCUCCUCACCAACACAGUGGAACAGAUGGAAAAUGUGUUAUGGCCGUACCUGUUGGAACUUGUGGUCCCAGAGAAAUUCACUGAGGGGGUGGGGGUCAUUUCUCGUUGCCUAGCAACCAUAGCUGCCAAGAAGCGGGAGGCCAACACAGAGGACUAUGAUUUGGAUUAUGAAACACAAGCAAACCUGCCCAAACCAUCCGAUGUCAUUGCCAGGCUAAUGGUAUUGGCUGGUCGUCCUCUGAACGGGCGUGAGCGAGGUGUGCACGUUCUGAACCUGAUGAAGGGGCUGUCCCCAAACCUGCACGAGGGGCUAGUGGAACUCUGGGACACCGUCAUUCCCAAACUUGUGCAGUACCUGGAAGACCCAGAGAAGACUGAGAGCUGGUCCCAAAAGAGUUGGGAGGACCUUCUGUUAAAGAUGUUGUCAAAGUCCCUUGAUGUCAUCGACCACGAGGAGUGGAUUGCUGAUCUUGGGGAAAAGUUGGGGGCACAGAUUCCUAUGUACGCACGAUACCCGGAGGAAAAGAACUUCCUGUUCAAGUGUGUGGGUAUUGUGAUGAGGAAGUCGACAAAGAAGGACUUUGUGACGAAGAUGCUGGAUACCGUCUUCAGCUCUGUCAAACACACUGACCAGACAGAGAGGGAGGGUUGUGCUGUUUGUCUUGGUUUCUGCGCCACGUCUCAUCUCGACUCUGUACUCUCCAAGCUCGAGACUGUCACUAAGACAGACAUGGCCCAGAAGAAAGGAGGAGUUUUCAGCUUCAUGAAGUCAGAGAAAUCCGAGGUGGACAUUGAGCGUAUCAAGGCUACGUUGAUGCUGUGUUAUGGUUACGUUGCACUAUUUUCUCCACCCACGUUAAUCAUCUCUCGUAUGGAGGCUACAAUCCUGAGGUCGCUGACCCCUCACUUUGCCAAUGUCAGGGACUCAAGUGUUAAGCAGAACCUUAUCCGUGCAGUGGACCAGAUUGGUCAGGCGCUCCACCCAGGCCACCUCGGUCAGACGUACAACUUCACAAACCGUGGGGAGUUUCUAACGCAUCUCCAAAACUACAUGAGUGCGGAGAGCACUCAACAUAUUGGUAGCGAGACACGCGCACUGGCUCUCCGGGCGUGUACAACACUUAUUAAACUAGACCCAAUCCUGUCAGAUGCUGACUUGUUCGACCUAAUAAAGACAUCAACAGACUGUGUCUUCCCGCUCCCAGCCGACGGUGGGGCUCCUGUUAAGAAAGGAAAAGGUGAGACAUUGGAUUCUGAGGAGGUUGAGGUUCUAACAGAGGCAACAAUUGAGGCCCUUGAUGAUUUACUCACAGAAAUACUGAGCAAGGAUUGUACACCAGCCACCUUCAAUAACAUACUUAAGCAUCUGAUUCCGUGGUACCUGUCCCUAAAUGAUCAUGAGCGACGGAAAGCUUUAAAAACGACCCAUGUUCUACUGCAGUACCUGCUAGAAAACGUUGAAAUUAAGGCCCAGCCAUUUGAGAACCAGCAUGUGCUGUUAGCCCGACUGGUGCCGAGAUGUUCUGAUCCUUGCAUUGAAGUGCGGCAGACCAGUAUGGACUGUAUUCAGGCAACACUUCUCCUUGCCCAGCGAUGUUCUGGUCUUGGUGAUGACCAUAAAGAUCAGAUGGUGGAAGCAUUGCCUACGCUGCGCUCAAGGCUCGAGAAGGGUGACGCUAAUGUGCUAUACAGUGUUGUCAAUGACCUCUCUAAGGUGAUAUCAAAGAAACUGCCAUCAGAGCAGUUAAAACCAUUUAUCGAGCUCAUUGAGGAGGGACUCUUGGACCCACAGUCUCACAGUUCCUCUGGGGCAUGCGUCGUCCUUAACGGCAUCCUGAAAAACAGGGGCACAGAACUCAUGAAGGAGGUUGACUCCAUUCUUGCGGCUAUCCACGGAAAGCUGUUCCAGAUUCAGUUCCCACAGACAAAGACUGGUGCCCUACGCUCCGUCCGAACACUUGCUCAACACCACCUACUUCUUGUGAUUAAAACCCUGCUCACGUAUAGUCUACCUUACGACGAAAAUGCUGUGGAGAUCUGGCGUAUACUGUGUGGGGACAGUCAGCUAGUGACGGUCAUGUUGGACCACAUGUUAGAUCUAUACCAGAAGUCCCUACCAUACGAGGAAAAACCCCAGGAUGAUGGCAAGGAGCCAGUACGCCGGGCCACACAGACACCACUAGCUAUAACGUGCGCGUUGGUCGAGGUGUUUCAAGUAGAGGAGGUUGAAGAGCAGGUUGUCAAGAACUAUCAUCGCCUGUUUGCGGCACUUAUGGUCCGUAUGGGGUCCAGUGUAGGGGUUGAGCCACUUAAACCUCCACAAACGACAAAGUCAUGGGGAUUUUUUAAAAGUAAAUCUGAGCCAACCACACCUAAGGACAAGAAGAAGGGUGGGGCACCGCCGCCCUCUAGCAACACCAAAGCUGUCAAACCAAGCAUGGUUGCUGUUGACGCAUUUCGAAAGUUUCUGGCCGUGACGAAGAGCGAGGACAUUGCGGAGACCCUGGAGAAAGAGGAAUGCUGGGAAAAACUUGAGGAUAAAGAGGAACUGGCCAAUGGAAUCAACAUAAUCACCAAAGCGCUGGUAACGAGCACAGUGGGUGGGGCGCAUGUAUCAAACAUCGUGUCCUGUCUCUCACCCAUGUUGUCAAGUCUUUAUGACCCACAGAGAGUAGUCGUUGCUGCUUUCCUUGCUCAGCUCAUCGAAGAGAAGUGUAUGGGUGAUGACAAUCUCGUGGAACUGGUAAUGAACAGUCUGCUGGGACGACUGGUUGACUCUUCCCACGUUGUGCGACAGAUGUGCAUCCGUGGCCUAGGCAACAUUGCCAGUAUUGGACAGGAACAGGUGCAGCACUACUCGACGACUGUGCUAUCAGCCAUGAUGGCGGGAAUGGAUGACAAGGAGGACCCUGAGGAUGACAUCACUGUCGAGUCUAUGAGCGGCCUGUCAAAAGUACUCUCUGAGAUCGACGAAAAACAUAUUAGAGCCAUUCUAAUCAAUGUGGCCCUGAGGAUACGUCCCUGCUUUGAAAGGGAGAAGCCCAAUGUGCGUGCCCAGUCUAUCAUCCUGUUUGGAAAUCUAUCUGCAUUUGGAGAUGGUCCCUCAAAACAGCCAUUCCUUGAGCAGAUCCAUAGCAACUUUGUGAGCCUCCUGCUACAUCUUAAUGACCCUGACAAUGAAGUGAAAAAGGCAUGCAAGUACGCGCUGAAGAAAAUUGGAGCCUUGAUUGGGUCUGACCCAAUCAACAACAUGUUCCAGAAAUUCCUUCUGGAAGAGUCCAACCUUCAUUAUGGGGAGUUUAUGAAUGACUUGUCAAAGCUUAUAAUCCAGGAUUUCCCCGAGAAGGUUAACUUCUAUGUGAUGGGCUGUGUGUCAUUCUACAAGAGCAUGUGGUCAGAAAUCAAGAGCAACGCUGCACUCUUUACAGGGUUUCUGUUGGGUAACUUGCCACAGGAGAGACAAGGUGUGAUCUCUAAGGAGCAUGUCUGUGCCGCCCUGAUUAUACUGCUGAAGGACCCGACCCCGUCUGUACGCUCCAGUGCGGCUGAGGCCAUGAGUCUACUGGACAAAUACUAGUGUAAUAUCCACAUGCAUGUAGGAGUUGUGUCCCUUAUGUUUGUGAACACUUGUGAAAUAUACAAAAUGUUAAAGCAUUUAUAAGCAAAACUGAAUAGUUAUCAAAUUUGCGGACAUAUUAGGGUAGUUUAUGUUCAAUAGUAUUGAUAUUUGUUCAACACUAAUAAACUGAUAUGAAUAAUAAUAUAGUUCUGAGCAGGACAGGUCAAACUGUUCAAUCUCUGGAAGAAGGCCAAAAUUCAUUUGAAAGAGUGUAAUACUGGAGUGUUAAAUAUGUCAUUCAAAUUUAACAUUGUACAUAUAAACAUUUUCUGAAAUUUUCAGAGUAUAUGCUUUGCCAUUUGGCAAACAUAUAGCUAGACUAAUUAGGCUUUCUCAAACCAACUGACCUUAAACAAUUGAAACUAAUAUGGGGACACAUGUUUUACCUCCAUAAACAAAAGACUAGUUUUUAUUCUGUUUUUAUGUUCUAGAAAUACAAAAUUAACAAUAAGUUUAAUUCAUGUGAAAUGCAUCUGAAUGUAUAUUACUAAAAAUACAUAAAGAUCAGGGUAUUUCUAUUAAGGGUAUUUUCUUGAUUUUCAUUUGAAUAAUUUUGACUUUCUUUUAACAAUACAUUUAUAUUGAUAACAGCCUUUUCGGAAUCACAGAAAUGAGAAGUGUAUGAACAAAUGCUGUUUUAAAAAACACAUUUAUUGAAAUAAAGUCUUAAAACUUUCCAACCUAAUUAAGGAUGAACUACUUCAAAUUGUGUGUGUUUUUAUUAACACUGUCUACAAACUUUACAGACAUACCUCGUCCAGUUUAUGAGGAGCAUUGUUACAUUGUUAUAUCUGAAUGGCCGACAAGUAUAUAUGAUAUUGGAAUAGGCCUAGUGAUUUUACAAUAUGAAAUAUAUAUUGCCUAAUUAAGACUCGAUGUUAUGUUUUUGUUCAAAUUUCAAAAAAACAACCAUGUCAUUUUUUUCUUUUCUCAUUACCCUGUAAGCUUGUAUAUAAAUGUAUCAAUUUUUGCUAAUAUAAUCAUUAUUUUUUUUUAAUGACCACAAUUGAUAUUGAUGCAAUAUGUGUUGUGUGUACGAAAUUGACCAGACAUUAGCCAGUGUGAUUAUUUUAAGCUGUAAAAUUAUGACAUAUCAUUUUAAAUUUCCAUAUUUACAACAUUUGGUGUUGCCAUUACAUAGACAAAUCAUUGUUCUUGAUGUUGCCAUAAAUUAUACAAAUUAAUGUUUUUGUUCAUCUAUGUUUAUGCUUAUGGAUCAAGUGUGGUAGAUUUUUCUUGUGUCUGUUUUUUUCGUAUUAUAUAUUCCUUCAUUUACUGUUAACGUGAAAAAUAUAUUUUACAUAUGUUAUGAUAUAGUUUAAGUACAGAUAAUGUUACAAUGUUUUAAGUGUGUAUAAGAUGGUCUUCAUUUGUUUAUAUUGAUGUUUAUGACAAAAAAAAUUGUAUCAAUUAAAUUUGACACUUUAUUGAAUGAUUUAGUGCAAUAAAUUAUAUUUGUGAAUCAUA